AUGUCCGUACCAGAUGUGCCCAGUCUCUCUGUGACCAAUCAGAGCCUAGUGCCGGACCCAGCGAUGGGCCAGGGGGCAGAUUUUGACCUGUCCUACUGCCAGAUGUUACUGGAGGCUCCGGUUCUGCCCCCUGCUGACCAGGUGCCAUGGUUCUGCACAUGCUCACUGUGCAAGAGCACUAAAGGAUUGAAAGGAGAAAGAGGAGAUCGUGGACUACCCGGAAUUCCAGGUGGUCCAGGACCAAGGGGGCUGACGGGAGCUCGUGGUUCACCCGGAUUCGAAGGGCAAAUAGGACUAAAAGGUGAAAAAGGUGACGAGGGACUUAAAGGAGAGCGAGGUACAACUGGUCCACUGGGCUCUAAGGGCGAGAAAGGGUUCAAAGGUGAUAAGGGUGAUCAUGGUGAAAAUGGUGCAGUCGGAGAGCCAGGUCUAAAAGGAGCAGACGGCCAGUGUCCAUUAAGCUGUGAGUCAUUUUCUGGUCCUCCAGGUGAGCCUGGACUUCCCGGUCCGGUUGGCGUACCUGGUUUACCUGGGAAAGAUGGAGAUCUGGGUGCGAAGGGCCUAAAGGGUGAUCCAGGAAUCACUGGCAUACCUGGCACGCCUGGACUCUCAGGACUUAAAGGUGAGCCAGGCGCAAAUGAAACACGUGCCUGCCAGAAUGGAGCAAAAGGCGAUGUAGGGCCAGCAGGAUCUAAGGGCACUAAGGGUGAUCCCAGUGCAUCAGGGCCUCAGGGUAUGCCAGGAGAAACAGGACCUAAAGGUGAACCAGGAGCGAUGGGAAUGAUGGGAAUGCCUGGCUUGUGCAGCCCAGCCAUACAGUCAGCAUUCUCCGCAGCAUUAACAUUGUCAUUCCCAGUGGCCAAUCAGCCAGUUAAAUUUGGGCGUGUCAUUUAUAACCUGCAGCAGCACUAUAAUCCAAACACAGGUGUGUACACAGCACCGGUCAUCGGCACCUACGCCUUCAGUUUCCACCUGAUCGCUUCAGGACGUCCUCUUAAAGUUGGACUCUUUUGGAACUUCCAGCCCGUGGUAAAGAGCACACAGGCAUCUGAGUUAGGAACUGUGUCCCAGCGAGUGGUCCUGCACCUUAGUGAGGGGGAUUGGGUGUGGCUUCAGGUGAAGGACAGCAGUACAAAUGGAAUGUUCACCAGCACAGAGACCAGCAGCACCUUCAGCGGCUUCCUGCUCUAUCCUGACGACUGUGACACCAUGAUGAGCCGAGAGGGUCCUCCACCCGAGAUCACUGGGGUGUACAGCUGGGGGGAGGAUCCGGACCCCAACCUAAGCCCUGAACCCUAG